AUGUUCAACGGUGUGGUGAUAGUGCGCGUUUUGGUUCUUCUGUCCGUUCCGUGGCCUACUGUUUCGUUCGCUUCCAACCUGCCACGUGUUUGCAUCGCCGAUGGGUGUGCGACCGGAUCGUGGAUGCGAAGCUUGCGAGCGGAUCGGUUCGAAGCGUUUCUUGGUGUUCCGUUUGCGAAGCCACCGAUCGGGGUGCUCCGGUUUGCCGAUCCCGUACCGAACGAUCCCUGGCGCGGAGAUGAGCUGGACGCUACGGGACGCAUACCGCGGCCAGCUUGCAUGCAGCACAACCUCUUCCUACCGGAGCGAGGUGUCGAGGGCAGCGAGGAUUGUCUCUACUUAAACCUCUACCGACCGGUGCGAACCAACGACAGUUCGGAACCGUUGGACACGAUCGUGUACAUCCACGGAGGAGGAUACCUGGCGGGCUAUAUUUCACCCCUAGCGGUCGGGCCGGAAAAACUGAUGGACCAACAGAUCAUUCUGGUGGUCAUCCCGUACCGGUUGGGAGCGUUUGGGUUCCUGUCGACCGGCGAUGGCGCGGCCAGCGGGAACUACGGACUCAAAGAUCAACGACUGGCGCUCCGGUGGGUGCACCGCAAUAUACGCGAUUUUGGCGGUGAUCCCGGCCGGGUAACCAUUAUGGGCCACAGUUCCGGGGCGGCUUCGGUGCAGCUACAAUUGAUGCACCUGGGCAACGAAGGACUCUUUCAGCGGGCCAUCAGUCUGAGUGGAAACGCACUCGCACCGUGGAGCACACCGUUGGAAGAUCCGAGACAAUUGGCCUUGGCACAGGCACUACUAGUGGGGAUUGGUGAGCCAAACCGUCUGUCCUCAACGGAGCUGGUCGAAGCACUUCGAUCGGUCGAUGCCGAACUGUUUGUCAGUAAAUCUACUGCCUUUACGAGCGGUCCACAGUAUCCAGCGAUUGUGUACGGUCCGGUGGUGGAGGAAAACUCCACCACGGAUGCGUUCCUGACGGCCCGUCCGCAGGAUCUUUGGGCCGAGGGGGCCUACCUUCCGGUGCCGUGGCUCACGGGUAUCGUACCGAACGAUGGUUUCGUUUUCAGCGCACCACUUCUCAAGGAAUCGGCGGAUUGUGCAGCGGAAGAUCCCGGCCAGCAGUUCCUGCGCCUACUGAGUCUGCUAAAGGCCCCACAAACCGCAAAAUCAUUAUGGCUACUGAGCGAACGGUUUAUCGCAAAUAAGUCGAGUAUCGAGGGCGGUUGCGUUGCGAAAAACAACAUCGACAGCCUCACGAAGAUCUUCAACGAAGCGUUGUUCAUUUACCCGUUGGUCAGAAGCAUCCAGCAGCAGGUUCACCGGAAGCCACCGGCAAGCGACGUGAAUGCUCCGGCUCCAACUCCGGCGCUGCUGUACAGAUUCAACUAUAAGGGAAACCUCUCCUACUCGUCGGUACUUGUCCCGCAAAGCCACCAAGACUUUGGCGUUGUGCAUUGCGAUGAGCUGAACUACAUCUUCCGGGCACCGGCCCUGUUUCCUGAUUUUCGGCGGGACUCCCCAGAGGAGAAGGUGUCCGGAAAAUUUGUCAAAUUCCUAGUUCAAUUCGCACACGCUGGCACCGUCGAGAGUGAAAUCGCCAACGCGAACGCUUCCGAUGGCAGUUUCCCUAAGGCACUGGAGUUCACAAACUCGAACGACGUGAAUCGACCGCUAGAUAUACGCCCGAUCGACCUCUACGACCAACAGAUGGUAGAGUUUUGGACAAAGUUGUACAGUGUAUGA